AUGGCUUUGUACUUUGGGAAGGUAUCUAUCUUACCGGAAGAGAUAGGUGCAUUUCUCUGUCGUCUUAAAGAUCUUGAUAUUAGGGAUUGCCACAGAAUUAAAAGCCUCCCCAUACUUCCCUCAAGCCUGUUAGCUUUGACUAUCCAGUCCUGCAGCUUACUUGAGAGGUUGCCAGACCUUUCAAACUUGAAGAAUUUGUCGAAAUUAUGGGUUACGGAGUGCAGGAAGCUCAGUGAAAUCAAAGGCCUUGGCAAUCUCCCGUCCCUGAAGGAUUUGGAUACAACUGGCUGCCUUUUAAUGAGGCUGGACGGUCUCGAGAGGCUUGACCGUUUGCACAACUUCAAAAGGUUACGUAUGGACAGCUGCAGGUCGCUCACACGUUUACCUAAGCUCCCACCCUCUUUGGAGAAGUUAUCCCUAAGUGGCUGCGAACAAUUGGGCGAAAUUGAGGUGGUUGCAGAAUUGGAGUCGCUGCAAAAGUUGGAUAUAAGCAGUUGCAGAUCGCUCAUGAAGUUGCUGAACCUAUCGAAGUUGCAGAGGCUGGAGCUCUUCGACAUGAGAGAUUGUGAGAGCAUCACGGAAAUUUCAGGACUCAGAGGAACUGAGUAA